AAUAAAAUGUGAGUCACUAGUUAUACUGAGAAGCGCAUAGGGCAGACACUUAACCAUGGAAGAGAUGAAGAACCUAUCAGGGACUUCUCUUCUGGUACCAUCAGUUCAAGAAUUGGCUAAGAAAAAGUUGUCUAUAGUUCCACAAAGAUACACUCAACCUCAACAUGAAGACAUUGUGGUCAUAUCUGAAGAAGGUAAUAGUAAACUUGACAUUCCAGUUAUUGACAUGCAGAAUUUGCAUUCUGUAGAAUCUGGGAGUUCAGAAUUGAAUAAGCUUCACCUUGCUUGCAAAGAAUGGGGAUUCUUCCAGCUGAUAAACCAUGGUGUUAGCUCUUCCUUGGUUGAGAAAGUAAAAUUGGAGAUUCAAGAUUUCUUCAACCUUCCAAUGUCAGAAAAGAGAAAGUUUUGGCAGAGUCCACAACACAUGGAAGGGUUUGGACAAGCAUUUGUUGUGAGCGAAGACCAAAAACUUGAUUGGGCUGAUCUCUUCUUUAUGACCACUCUUCCAAAACAUUUGAGAAUGCCCCACUUGUUUCCACACUUUCCUCUUCCUUUCAGGGACACUUUAGAACAUUACUCACAAGAAAUCGAAAAACUAGCCAUGGUUAUCGUUGAACAAAUGGGAAAAGCUCUAAAGAUGGAAGAAAAUGAAAUGAGAGAGUUAUUUGAAGUUGGGAUGCAGUCUAUGAGGAUGAACUAUUACCCACCAUGCCCUCAACCAGAAAAGGUUAUUGGCCUCACACCCCAUUCAGAUGGAGUUGGUCUCACUAUACUCCUACAAGCCAAUGAAGUAGAAGGUCUCCAGAUAAGGAAAGAUGGCAUGUGGGUCCCUGUCAAACCCCUCCCUAAUGCCUUCAUUGUAAACGUUGGCGACAUGCUGGAGAUUAUAACUAAUGGAAUAUAUCGAAGUAUUGAGCAUCGUGCAACAGUGAACUAUGAAAAAGAAAGGAUUUCAAUUGCAACAUUCCACACUUCAAGACAUGAUGGAGUGAUAGGUCCUGCAGCAAGCUUGAUCAGUGAGAAAACACCAGCACGGUUCAAAAGUAUUGAAUUAAAGGACUUCUUGGAGAACUUAUUUGCUCGUAAACUUGAAGGAAAAUCUUUCCUAGAUUCACUGAGAACAUAGCAUCACCUUUGAAACGACUCAUUUGCUUGUCAUACUAUGCUCUCAUGUCAUUGCUUGAUCCUAGUCCAAGUGCGUGCCUUAUUAUUAGCUUGCUAUUAUUCCUUUUAAUUUGAUAAAGUAUAAUUUAUUUAAAGUCUUCAUAUCCUAAACCUAAGACAUAUCUACAAUAUCAAAAUGUGUGUCUUGAAAAUUGACUCUUUUUUUUCUGUAUACUUAGAUGAU